AUGUCUGCAGCGGAUAUUCCUCGUCGCGCCACGCCAGAAAUCCAUGCGAUUAUGUCUAUCGCUAACAUUCUGAAUGACAGGAACACCACAACUCGUCGCGUGGAUCGGAAGUUCUGUGCAUACUGCAAUAAAUGGGGCCGGUCCGAUAACUAUGCUAGACAUAAGAAGUCCAAGAUGCAUUUGGCAGCUGCUCGUGCAGCCGCUGCAUCUGCAGUCUCACCUGCCACAACCCCACCCGCUGUAGAGAAUGUGGAGGCCGAGUCAUCUAAUGCAAAUGACUCUCCCGCUGUAACAGCACCUACUGUAGAGAUCUCAGAGGGCGAACAAUCUGACACAGAUGUUCCCACUGCAGACACGUCGAGCCCAAAGGUGUCCAAACCUGCUAGCCCGGUUUCGCCAGGCACCAAUGCGGCGCGUGAGAGCAUUGCUAGCAAGGGUGGCGUAUCUAAGCCGUCUGCUUCGAAGAAGAAACCCAAGUCGUCUGCUUCGAAGAAGGCCAAGUCAUCUGCUUCGAAGAAUUCUAGGCCUGUUCGCAAGAAGUCUCCCAACAAGAAGGUUUUUACUGAGGCUGAAGACGAGCAGAUCCUUCACGGUUACUUUCAGCAAAAGCCUGAGAAGGAAAUUGCCAAAGAGAUGCAAGGUAAGUCAGCAACUGCAAUCAAGGCUCGUAUUCGAGUGAUUGCAGGCCUGGAGUGGUCGCCUCAGGGUGACACUAAGACCGCGACAUAUCAUCGGAUUCUGAAAGAGUACCACAACGUCUGA